GGGCCGCCUAGAGGAAGGUCGCUGCUGUUCGGAUGAAGUCGGUACUGUACAGACGGGGAAAGUUUGCCUGUUGUGUAGUUGUUACUCAUGGAUGAGGGAACAACAGCUCCCAGACCAGUUCCGUGAGUCAAAGAAGACGAAGAAGAAGAAGAAGAAGAAGAGGAGCUCGGAGAGACGCGCCUCAGCCCUGACGCGGUCCUACCAGCCAUGCCUUUGUUUGCUGCCUCGCAGAAGCGGCGGAGUUUGGGAGCAGCCUGACGGACGUUAAGUUUGCAGAAAACCGGUUUUCCUGCCGGGGAUCCGGGUCGGGAUCUGAGCCGGAGCCCAGCGGCUUUCCUGUCUGCUGCUCAACAAAGCCGCUACGUUCCCAGCUCCGGACGGAGGUCGUCGACAGCCCAGUUGCUCAGAUGGACUUCAGAUAACACAGUCAGCACUUCCAGCUGCACCUGAACUUCCAGCGCCCCCCCCCCCACCCACCCACCCCUGACGUAUACCCAGAAUGGCAGAUCCUGCUGGGGUCGGCGCUGAAGGGGCAGGGGCAGGCAUGGCUGAGGUUGAUGCCUGUAGUUUGGAGAUUGAGAGAAAGUAUGAUGUCAUCCCGGCUGUGAUCUGCUCUAUGUGUUGCCUGUUCGGUAUCAUCUACUGCUUCUUUGGUUAUCGCUGUUUCAAAGCUGUCAUGUUCCUGUCCGGUCUCAUGUUUGGUUCAGUCAUCAUUUUCUUUCUGUGCCACAAGGAGCGUGUGCUGGACACCCAGCUAAGCGUGGAGGCCAGUGCAGGUAUUGGCCUUGGCAUUGGCCUGCUGUGUGGUCUUGUCACUAUGCUGGUGCGUAGCGUUGGCCUUUUCAUGACCGGCCUGCUGCUGGGCCUUCUCCUCGCUCUUGCUGCCUUACUGGUGGCUCACCAAUUCUACACUCCAGCCACAGUCUGGGUCCCACUUGGUGCACUUCUGGGAACAGGCAUGUUGUUUGCUGUUCUAACCCUUCAAUGGCAAAAGCUCUUCACCAUGCUCUCCACAGCUGUGUUCGGGGCAGCUAUUAUGACAGUGUGUGCUGAUUACUUUGUGGAAAUGCUAGCGCUGGCCACAUAUAUUUAUGAAUGUCUGCGUCUUGUACCUGGGCCGCCUCUCUGCUGGUAUAGUUGGGUCAUCCUGGGAAUCUGGCCCACCCUUAGCAUCAUGGGAGCACUGGUCCAAUGGAAAUUGACUGUUGAAGGCUUCUCACAUACUGAGGUUAUUAUCAGCCGGAGACAGAAGAGAGUCCAACUGAUGCGGAUCAGAGAGAAGGAUGCUAAGAAGCGGCAGCAGACAGGUGGGCAGGAAGGCACGUACCGUCGUAAACCCACUCCGGUGAAACGUUAUGCUGGGGAUCUACUGGCACCGAGCUACCUGCAAAGUCUGCGGGACAGGCAGACAGGCACAGGCACCUCCCUUAGCAGCCUGGGCACCAAUAACCACACCACUAUCGACUUUGACUAUGACACCGGCUCAACCGUACCCCUCACAGCCACCACCCCGGUCAUCAGGGUUUGAGGACCGCGGAGAUGAGAAGAGACCACCAUUGCUGCCUUGGUCCCCCCAACACCACCGUCUUCCUUAUGGGUUGUAGAUCUUAUAAAGACCUCUCCUCUCUCCUAGCGCUGUUAGUAUGCCUCUCUUGAGUCCAAGAGGGAAAGUACAGUGAAUACUAGUGUGCCUUUCAUUAUGUCAAUUCCAAAUGUUUGAUGGGGAGGACCAGCCGAGCCUGUGUUUUGACGUACGCCGCAACCACCGUGUCGGUGGGCCUCUCAGAACUGUUACUAACAAACAAAGGUCAUAUAUUUCCUCCUGUCAUAUGUUGUUGAAUACAUAGGAGUGUGCACGCCUUAAAAGGGACAUACAGUAUUUGUUCAGUAGUAGACGUGGCUGUCGGAACAUUUCAUAUCAUACCACUUCAUUUGACAAUGGGGGUAUAGGAUGCUUUGAGAGCUUCAUGAAGUGUCAUAUGUUUCAGACCCUUUUUCUGAUUAACUGUUUGUACUGGAACACAUCUAUGCUAUUUGAAGGUCUGUGCCAUAAAAUAUAAACAGCUGUCUUUUGUGUAUUUUUAGAUGAAGUAUGAUGACUAGGAAAUACAGUAAAUGAAAUACAGAUAACCUGACCAUAAAUUUGACAAAGUGAAAUGAAAAGCAAAUUAUGGGAAGGAAAAGAAAGGAUUUAUUUUUAUGGUUACUAGCUAGAGUGUUAACACUCUUAUUAGCAAUUUUUUAAUGGUUUUGCCUUAGUUUGUCCUUGUCAUUUUUUUUCCAAGAUAGGUGAAGUGACUAUCAUGUUGUUUAGACUGUUGAAUUUACCCAUGGAUUAUCUUAAUCUGUUAAUUUAUAUUAUGAUGAGCAAUAUGGUAGAAUGAUUGAAAAGUUAAAAAAAAACAACUGACACUUGCUGUUAAUUUGUAGGUUUUGUUAAGGAACGAUUCGUGUUUUUGUUAGAUCUGUGACGGGGGGGGGUUUGCAGGGGGCAGUACUCUCGUUACCUGAAUAUGUACAUAAUUGUUGAUAAGUUGUUGCAAAGAUGAAUAAAUCUGUUUGAUACAAAACAGUUGUACUUGCUAUUUAGGCCUGAUAAAUACCAUCGCUUUGUGCCUUUGAGUAUCCAGCGACACUAUUGGCCCCUCCUCUGGUGUCAGUCAACACAUUCAUGGUUUCUUCUCACAGGUUCAUUAGCAUUGCUAACAGCAGUUAUAGAUCUAUAUGCUAACAGUUAUAUAUGCUAACACAGUUAUCGAUAUAUAUAUGAUAACAGUUAUAUAUGCUAACACAGUUCUACUACUACUGUUUUCGGCUGCUCCCGUUAGGGGUCUGCUUCCUGUCUUCUGCAUCUCCCUAGAUAUAUAUGCUAACAAUAGUUGUAGAUAUAUGCUAACAAUAGUUGUAGUUGUAGAUAUAUAUGCUAACAAUAGUUGUAGUUGUAGAUAUACGUAUAUGCUAACACAGUUAUGGCUAUAUAUGCUAACAACAGUUAUAGCUAUGCUAACAGUUAUAGAUAUAUGUGGUAACACAGUUACAUAUAUAUAUGUGUGUGUGUGUGUGUGUGUGCUAACAACAGUUGUAGAGUUUUGCAGAAAAACACAAAACCUGUCAGAAAGGGUCCUCUGUCCUAUCUCACAUCCAGUAGUGUUUUAGUCGGAGACAUCCUAGAGACAGGAUGCGUUUCCAUGAAAACACCAGGCCUGCUGACGUCAUGGCUGUUCAGUCUAAUGCUGCACGAAGUCCCAAAUGGGGAGCAACGGGCUCGUACCAGAACCCUGUAUAUAUACACUACCGUUCAAAAGUUUGGGAUCAUCCAAACAAUUUUGUGUUUUCCAUGAAAAG